AUGUCAAUUGAAUAUAAUCCAGACGACUUUGAGAAUAAUAAUCCCUUUUCUGAACCAGUUGUUCAACCGUCCAAUCGAUCCUUUGAUGAACCUCCAUCCUUAGCAACAUCUCUGGUAAUCACGGAACAGCAGGAUGAAUUACCAGAUUCUUCUACACAAGGAUCCCAGGAGGACGAAGAAGGAACCGAACCCAGAGAAGGUGGUAGUAGUGAUCAAUCUGGUCAUAAUGAGUCAAAUGAGCAGUUAUCCGAAGAGAUGUUGAGAAAAUUGAUUCCUGAACGAUUUACUGAUAAAUAUGAAUUGCAUAUCAGAUUAGUGGGGAUUGAAAAGAAUAAACUUGGGAAUCCAAUUUUGAAAAUGGAUGCUCAAGUGAAAGGGUUACCUAAAUUUAGACAGACCAAGUAUAAAGAUAUACGUCGUACAUUUAAUGAAGUUGUUAAGUUUAAUAAAUAUUUGGUGAUUUCAAAUUUGGAAGUAUUUGUCCCUGUUAUUCCAAAUGCUACUACUUCAUAUCCUACAGGAGGAGAAGAUGAAACUAAACAACUUAUGAUGGUGUGGCAAGAGUGGUUAAAUAGAAUCACCAGUAAUCCUAUUUUGAUUAGAGAUGAAGAAUUUGUUUAUUUUAUUGAAAAUGAUUUUGGCUACGCUGUCAUUAAUAGUAAUCGUAAACAAUCGGUUGCUAGUGGGUUAAUGAGGAAAACCUUGAAACAAUUUGCAGUCCCAUAUGAUCAAUAUGAAGAUUUGGCAUCGUUUAGACCUAUGAUUAAGGAUGCUUAUUUAGUCUGUCAAAAAUUACAUCGUUUAUUAGAUAAGAAUUCACGAAUUGAAAAACAAUCAUCAAUACAUACAUAUGAUUUAGCUAAUAAAUUAAAUGUAUUAGCUCAAUUUGAAGUUAUUCAUCCAGGAAUGAAGAAUAUGUGGGAAAAAUUGGGUAAAAUAACUCAAAUACAAUCUGAUUUGACUUUAAUUGAGUCUAUCAGUUCUAUGGGUACAUUAGGAGAUGGUUUGCUGAGUUUUAUAGAUGAUUUUUAUCAAAUUAAAGAAGCUUUAACUAAUCGACAUUUAAUUAUGAGAGAAUUAUUACAAGCAGAAGCUCAAACUACCGCAAAACAUUUACAAGCAAGUAAAGUCAAGAAUAAAUCAUCCUUGGACCCAAUAAAAGUGGAUGAAGCAUUAAGAUCACUUGAAUAUGCCACUAAAGUUCAAGAGUCAUUAAAUUUACAAGUUAAAAGAAUUUCAGGAGAGAUGCAAUUUGAAAGAAAGGAAGUAAUUGAAUAUACCGAAAUGAAAUUUCAAAAAUUAAUUAAAUCAUAUAUAUUACAUAAAGUUGAUCAUCAUCGGAAAAUUUUAAAGCAUCUUGAAAAUAUAAGAUUAGAUAUUAGAAUUGUUGAUGAAAAGGGAGGAUUAUCUAGAUUAAACCGAGAUAAUCUAGCGAAUUUGAAGCAUAAUUUGAUUCAAUCACAAUCAGCAAAGGGAGACUCAUGGUCUUCUAGAACGUUUAGAUCUUUAGAAAAGGAAGAAGAAGAAAAAGAGAAUAGAGGAGAUUUAUUUGGUAAUAGUGAAAGUGGUGACAAUAUUAACAAUAAUGGUAUGAAUGGUGGAGGUGAUGGUUCUAACCUGCUGGAUGCUGUUGAUCCUAAAAAUGCUGCUAGUUUACUUGGAGUAGCUAUAUUCUAA